AUGAAGUUAUCCGAUGUUUCCAAGUCAGUGAAAACGAACGGUGAAGCUACGGUUCCCUCCGUUCCGGUCAAACCCGUCAAUCGAACCGGUGUCUCUUCCGGCGAUGACAAAGCCGACGAUGUCAGUUCCGUGAAAUCAGAAGGUGUCUUGGUGGUCUCCUCCGGUUCGAGCAAGUCAAUCGACAAAACCGGUGCUUCUUCCGGCCUCAACAUCGGCGCUAGGGACAAAGCCUCUGUCUCUUCCCGCGAUAAAGGCAAGGCUAUCGUUGGGAAGGCGAUUACCUUCAAAGACGAAAAUGUUAUCCAUGGUUUCAUCCCUUAUGGAAGGAUUGAGACUUACUUGCGUCACAUGAAGGCCGGUGGUACUUACCGACUCAACAAGUUUUUCGGAUCAAAGAGCAAGCCUAUUUAUCGGGUAGCUGAACCAGAUGUCACCAUUAGCUUCUCAUGGAACUCUGUCCUCUCUGAUCUUGAGGACAGUUCGAUCCACUUCCCUGAUGAUCGGUUCCAGAUCCAUGGAUACAGAGAAUUUGAGGCUGCCUCCGACAAAAGAGGUGAUCUUUAUGAUUAUGUAGGCCACAUCAAACUUGUGAAUGGGCAGAUUCUCAGUGACGGUCCUCUUCUUGAUGAAGCAGAGAUAGUUGCAUCCCGCCGAGUUGAGCUUCAUGUUCAAAUACAUGACAAACCCGUGCUGAAGUUGUACCUCUGGGACAAGGCUGCUUUUCAGUUCUGUGAGAAGUUCAAGGCGUCUGGAGGCACUGCCCGUGUUAUCUUAGUAACCAUCUUAUUCCCGAGACGGUUUGGAGGCGUCCUCUCUCUAUCUUCUAUGGCGUCUUCACGGGUAUUUCUGGAUAGUGAUGUCCAGGAAACCCGGUUCUACCUCAGCUGGCUGGACUUGAACUUAGAUGUUGCCAACAAGGUUAAUGCAGAGGUGGUCACCAAGCCUGAGACAGCGACUUUGGGAGAUCUCUUCUCCUAUAUGAAUCAGGCAUCCGCUAAGGUUGCUUUGUUUGAGUGCACAGCAACUAUUGAUGAUGUUGUGCACAGUUCUGGGUGGUAUUAUAUAGGCUGCGGUGUGUGCCAUACCAAGGCGACCAAAGGACCUACAACCCUCAUGUGUAAGAAAUGUGGGAAGAGUGAGAUUGAUGGUGUGGCGCAGUACCUGUCUAAGCUCUCUGUUUAUGAUCAGAAGGAUCAAGCCGUAUUUGUUGUCCUUGGGGAUGCUGGUGAGAAGUUGACUGGAAAGAAAGCUGCCGAGUUGGUUGAAAGAUACUAUCAGGCCAGUGAUAAUGUGGGAGAAGAUCACAUAGUUCCAGUGCCUCAAGCCAUGAUUGAUACCAUUGGGAAAACAAGGAAGUUCAUUGUGAAGGUAUCAGAUCACAAUCUGAAUGGCAAGUCCCAGACUUUAACUGUGACAAAGGUGCUCCCUCUUGAAGCCCCAGAACCCGUGGUCAAGACAAGAGAUAACGUUGAUGGGGAAUCUGAUAGUGAGGGGGGGGGGGGGGUGAUCAUGCAGAUGAAUCGAUGA